CAGAGGAUGGGUAGAGUGAGUGAGAGGGCAGAGAGAAAGAAAGAGAGAGUCGCACCUUGAGGAAGUUAACAAAACAUUAGAAGGAGAGCAAAGAGCACAUCAUAUUGAAGGAUGGGACCUGUGCAAUGUUUUGUGAUGCUCUUGAUGUUACGCGUGAAGUUGGUACUCAACCUCCCACUGAAUAAUGGGACCAUAUAUUUCAAGACUGGAGACAGACAGUGUAAAUUGUGCCCUCCAGGUAUGUAUCAGAAGUCUUGUCUUGAGUGUGAAAGCUGUCCUGCUGGAAGCUACACGACUCAGCUGAACCGUGAAGAAAAAUGCCAUUUCUGCUCAGGAGACUGCAGACCAGAGUUUAAUCUGAAGGUGAUACAGGAGUGUACCAACAUGUCCAAUGUGAAGUGUGUCUGUGAGGACGGAUAUGAAUGCGACCAAAAGGUCCCAUACUCAACAGACUGCAGAUUCUGUGUCAAGAUCAAGACAAGGACCACAACUGCAGCAACUCCGGCCAGAGAUAAACACACACCUUCCACAACUUCCUCAGGACAUAGCAGCUCUUCCGCCAAACCCUGCCAAUUUUCCAAGUGUGGCACGCAGUCAGACCCACGGGCAGGAAAUGGCACACAUCUCAAAGGAGACAAGGUGAGCAGUCAGCUGGCGGCCAUCUUGUGUCCAGUGGUUGCCGUGGGAUGCUUGGCACUUGUGAUCCUGCUCUUUGUUCGUCGCCCCGGAGAUGAAACAUGUUUCAAGCAAGCUAUUUCAAAGUUACGCAAUGAGGGAGGCAGAAAUGUUUCUCGAAAGGAGUCAUCUCAUCAGUUCCCCAGAGACUCAUUCAGUGCAAAGCAGCAGCCGUCGUGCCUCGCAGCAGCCAAUCUGGGUCCAGUCCAUGUCCACAAUCCGGGGACGGUCGUCUUUAGCUUGCUGAGUCAGUUCACAGGCCAAGUUGGUCCAACAAUUGAAUGUGGGAAGACGGCCAAGAGAGUGUUGAGUGAAGAAGAGGAUGAGAGAGACUGUCCUGUGUUUCAUCCCACGUCCUCUCCCAGUAUUCAUCUCUCCGAGGAGGAGAGGAGCGGAGAGAUUGACAACAUCUUCUUUCCCUCUCAGGAGCAGGGGAAGGACUGCCACGUGUCCAAAGAGGAGGCACUAUGAUGCAUCCUAAAAAUCCCAGAAGAUUUCUGUUGGUAUUUCUGGCCGCUGGUAUCCGGACUGAUCCUAAACACAGUCUUUUAAAGGAAAGCUCCGUGAAACUGUGAAAGAUGAAUGUGGAGCAGAUCCAUCUCCCUCUGGCAAACUGUGAAGGGAUCUCAGGGCUGUACAGAGACGUAUCUGCAGGUCCCAUGAAAACUUGUGGUCAGUGCACACCAGUAACUUUAACUCUGGAAAGAACAGCUGGAGGGGGAUCUCCUUCUUGUAAGUUAUAAUUUAAAAUGUCAUGUAAAUUUAAAAUGUCAUGUAAAUACUUUUUUUUAAGCUUUGUCGGCUCCCUCUGAAGUAUUAGACCUGAAUGUCUAAUGUUUUGCAUAAAUGUUAGGCAUUUGGAUUCCAAUACAAUUUUAUUUUUAAUAAAGAAAACUAAGUAGAAAUGUAUACAAGUUAAACAGUCACAUUUGAUAUGUAUAUUCUGAAAAGUCUAUUAUACAUACACCUAUAAAUAUACAACACAGUCUCACAGAAAUGCGUAAAAGUGCACACGACCUCUUAAAAGUCCAGUGUGUAGGAUUUAGGGAGAUGUAUUGGCAGAAAUUUAAUAUUUUUGUAACCUUAAAAUCAGCCGUUUAUGACUACAUAGGGAGCAAAUCCUCCUACACGGAGUCU